AUGCCCCGGGGAGGCCCGGCUUGUAUAACAUGCCGUGAAAAGUGCCGUAAAUGCGACCGCACAAAACCCGUUUGUCAAAGAUGCAUCACCAAAGGCCUUGAAUGCAAAGGAUAUCCAGACAAGUUCCGUUUUGCGGGGUUAGCAACCCGAGGCAAGUGGAAAAAUAGGGCGGUUCCUGCUGUGAGCCGCGACAAUGCUGUCACGACUCAACCGGCCAUCGGACCCGAUCAUCCAGAUUCAAACCAUGAGAAGUUUGAUCAACCGCAUCGAAGUGGUUUUGCCUUGCGCGUGGAUCAGAAUAUCGAACCACUGCCAAGUCUCGACCAUCCCUGGCCACAGCCAGAAGGGCGAGCCGUGGAGUUGGACGAUUUAUUAAUGCUAGAACGGACGGAAAUGUUGUUGACACAUUGUAUUUUCGAAUCGGGCAUCUCCACCCACGGAGUUCAUAUUACAGGUGCCCUAUCGAUCUGCAACCAGUUGCGCUUGCUGGACAUCAUCCGUUCACUCGCAGACCCACGACGACUAUGCUUCUCCCCCGAGCUUCGUGGAUCUGUAGCCACUCUAAGCGAUUUGAAAUUCGAGCGGGUCAAUGGCUGUCCGCGCGAUAUGUUCCUGAUAAUGGGCAACGUCAUAGAGCAUGCCAAGGCUCAUGCGACGGGCAAAAUAGAAACGCCAGAAUACGAGCGACUCCUCAACGCUUACCGGUAUGAGCUCUACUCGUGGCGUUUAAAAACCGACAGCUAUCCAAACGAUGAUCACCGCUGGCCUGCAGUUGCCGAGGCAUUCCGUCACGCAUGCAUACUACAUACAUCUCGCUUGUUGGAUGUGACCCAACCGGCUGAAGCGCCAAUGAUACAGAAUUCAGUGACGGCCAUCUUGGACUCACUAGCGGAAAUCCCAGCCGAAUGUCGUCUGAUCGAGUUGGUGGUUAUGCCACUCUUUAUGGCUGGGGCUGAUGCUUUGUCCCCAUACGCUCGGCAUUAUGUCCUUCUGCGAUUCGACCAUAUCCGGGCUCAUGGUGGUGUGGCUAACCAUAUGUCGAUUUCCCUGCUCAAAUCCGUUUGGGAUGGUCGAGGCAGACAGGCGAAACAUGACAGCAGCAAUAUUCCAUGGGGGUGGUUUACUCGCGACCCGGGAUCAGAGCAACAACAUGACUAUCUCAUUAUAUAA